UGUCAUCUCCAUCCAGUACGAACCCGUUAUAUUGCAUUGGCACGCAGCCCCCUACUGUUCUACCUGUUUUUUUCUCUUCGUGUUUCUACUUUGCGUGUGUAAAUUAAUUCUGUUUACUCUAGGCAGCAUGUGAAAUAACUGAAACGGUUAAAAGAAGCAGCUAAAGAAAUAAGUGGACACGACGGGUGAAGUUAAAUUGAACCAUGGUAAUGGUGGCAAGUUGGUGGCGGAUUAUAAGCAAAGCUAGAUAGUUGAAUUUAUCACUUUAGGAGAAGAAUGGGUGUGUGCGGAUAGCAUCAUUAUUCAUCCCUUGGACCUAAUAGUGAACGUACAAACGUCAGGUUAGAUGUAAAGUUGAGAGUCAAGCCGCAGGAGAAAGAGGGAGUCUCCACCCGGAGCCAGAGGAGGAUGAGGAGGCAUGACGUCCUGGUCCUUGUUGGCAUCUGAUCCGUCCAGACACGGCCACUGUUCUACUUUGCUGCUGUAAGGUAGAGCAGCUCCACUCUGCCGAAGAAGCAGUGACAGACAGAAGAAUCGACCGCCCUCUGAAGUGUUCUCCUUUUCAUGGAUGCCAGGGUGGCCCUGCUGCACCUAUGGACAGUCCAUGUCCUCCUGUCGGUAGAACUAAAGUGGAUAGAUGCUGCAGAGGUCUACACCAACGCUUGGGCUGUGCAGAUCAAUGGGGGCCCAGAGGAGGCUGAUCGAAUCGCCAGGGAACAUGGGUUCAUCAACCUCGGCAAUGUUUUCGGAGAUUAUUAUCACUUCAGGCAUCACGCCGUGGAGAGGAGGGCUUUGUCGUGCCACAGGGCGACGCACAUCAGACUGCAGAAAGAACCACAGGUUCUAUGGGCGGAGCAGCAAGUGGUGAAAAAAAGGAGGAAGAGGGAUGUCUAUGAAGACCCGACAGACCCUGAUUUCCCCAAGCAGUGGUAUCUGUCUGCCCCAACCCAUCAGGACCUGAAUACCAAAAUAGCCUGGGCCCAAGGCUACACAGGAAGAGGUGUGGUGGUGACUAUCUUGGAUGAUGGAAUUGAAAAAGACCAUCCUGAUCUCAUCAAUAACUAUGAUCCCGAAGCAAGCUAUGAUGUAAAUGAUGGAGAUGCUGACCCUCAACCACGAUACACACAACGAAAUGAGAACAGACAUGGAACUCGCUGUGCAGGAGAAGUUGCAGCUGCAGCCAGCAACGGUGUGUGCGGUGUGGGGGUUGCCUAUAAUGCUAAAAUUGGAGGAGUUCGCAUGUUGGAUGGAGAGGUGACGGACGUCGUGGAGGCCCACUCUCUUAGCCUCAACCGUCAGCACAUCCACAUUUAUAGUGCCAGCUGGGGCCCCGAAGAUGACGGCAAGUCACUGGACGGCCCUGCCAAGCUGGCAAAGGAAGCUUUUCUCGAGGGAAUCACCAAGGGACGCAGCGGGCUCGGCUCUAUCUUCGUGUGGGCCUCGGGUAACGGCGGCAGGGAACAGGACAGCUGUAACUGUGACGGCUACACCAACAGCAUUUACACCCUGUCCAUCAGCAGCACCACGCAGUCGGGCAACGUGCCGUGGUACAGCGAGCCCUGCUCCUCCACCCUCGCUACCACCUUCAGCUCCGGAAACCCAGGGGAGAAGCAAAUAGUGACCACGGACCUGAGGCAAAAAUGCACAGACUCGCACACGGGGACGUCAGCGUCGGCGCCGCUGGCUGCUGGGAUCAUCGCUCUGGCUCUGGAGGCCAAUAUGAACCUGACCUGGAGGGACAUGCAACACCUGGUGGUGAGAACAUCCCGGCCCCAACACCUCAGCGCCGGGGACUGGAAGACCAACGGAGUGGGGCGCAGAGUGAGCCACUCGUACGGCUAUGGGCUCCUGGAUGCAGGUUCUAUGGUGGCUUUGGCCCAGAACUGGACCGCAGUGGGGCCACAGCACCAGUGUGUUCACACCAUGCUGUCAGAGCCGAGAGAUAUUGGGAACAAGCUGGUGUUCAGCAAGAACGUAGAUGCCUGCUGGGGACGACCGGAGUAUGUCAGCUCCGUGGAACACGUUCAGGCUCGCCUCACUCUCUCCCACAACCAGAGAGGAAAAUUGGCCAUUCAUCUCAUCAGCCCACUGGGCACACGCUCCACCCUGCUGUUCCCCAGGCCUAAUGACUUCUCCUCAGAGGGAUUCAAUGAUUGGGCUUUUAUGUCUACACACUCAUGGGAUGAGGAUCCUCAAGGCGAAUGGACCCUGGAAAUAGAAAACGUAGCACCUAAUGGGCGUGACUAUGGUGUGUUGAGUCAGUUCACCCUUAUCUUGUGGGGUACUGGGCCCAGCGUUGUCAACCCCUCUUCAUCUGACUUCCCUCGACCGUCCAACAACAGUUGCAAGACCUUUGAUGCCCAGCAGAUCUGCAUCGAAUGCAGCCCAGGCUUCUCCCUCUUCCUGCAGGGUUGUGUGAAGUUGUGCCCACCAGGCUUCACCUCAGGGCCACAGCUCCUUAACCUGUCUCUGGAGAACUGGGUGGACUUGUCCUCGGUCCAGGCCUGUCUGCCCUGUAACCCGGCCUGUCUCACCUGCUCUGGCACCGGGCCCAUGGACUGUCUGUCCUGUCCACCUCACAGCCACCUGGUCUUCACCUCCUGCCUGCAUCAGAACCAAGUCCAACGGAAAUCUCCUUUAACCGGGGGUCUAAAGGUCGAGGACGCCCAGCCAGAGGGGGAGACUCCGGCAUCAGACGCCGACAGCAGAGAGAGCGAGGAACCUCCGGGGCUGAGCGUGUCUGCGUCCACACAGCUGCCCGCUGUGGUGGCCGUUCUCAGCUGUGCCUUCAUUCUGGCGGCCUUCGUCGGGGUCUUCCUCUUGCUACAGAUGCGCGCAGGUGGCGCGUCUUCGGGCUGGAGGACCAAACUGCCCUCUGUGUAUUCACAGACAAGGGGGGCCCGGGUGGGCUUUGGGUUUGGCUUCGGCCGAGGGCGGGAGAGGAAAGCUCGGAUAUGCUACAAGGGAAUCCCCACUGUGUGGGGGGAUGAAGACAUGAUCACCUACGAGUCUGAAUCAGACAGUGAGGAAGUGGACGGUCACAGUGAGAGGACAGCUUUUAUCAAGACGCAGAGCUCGAUUUAGCUGAAUCGGAGUCUGCUAUUAUAGUGUCUGAGCUGAGGCUUUGAUACUAUAACAUCACAGAUCUCAUCAGCAUUUUAAUCCGACUGUAUGGAGCUGAUACAAUCACAGGCAUUAGGCUGAGCAGAAACACCAGUCUUAUGUCUGUCAGCGUCAACACUCCCUACAAAGCCAUUUUUCAUGGAUUUAUUCACAGUAGUUAAUUUAUUUUAUUUUAUGAUUACUUUGGAUAAUGUAUUUAUUAUACAUCCAGUACUAUCACCAGUAUGAGGUGUUAUGCAAGUAUUUCCCAUAAAUUAACUUUCAUUAUCAGCUAGACCACAUUUCGUCCAAUUUAUUAAACUAGCGAAGUGCAUUACUUCAACGUACAUCUGAUUUGUCCUCCAAACACCUGACCGUCUGCAGACACAGCUCUCAUAAAUUGGUUGUUUUAUAUGUUAUUAGAUUCCUGGUAGAUUGUGGACCAGGGGUCGUGAAGUUGACAUGCUUUUCAUUAAUCGUUGGAAAACUUUAAAUUGAAGAUUUCUGCCUUAGCACUGGGACUGCAUAAUAAAACAUCCUGCUGGCUGUUUGCUAUAAAAAUAAAAAAAACCUGUAGAGGAUGCUCUAUUUUCAAUCAAGACGCUGUGGGAAUUGGCCCCGCAGCAAAGACAUAUCAGAAUCAUCAGUCACAAAAUGUUAUUGACUUGUAGUGAGGUAACACUGUUUUUGAAUGAAAUUUGAAAAAAGCACUUAGGCAAACGCUGCCUUUCUGACCUUUGCAACAUUUUACUUGGCUACUGCUGCUGCUGCUGGUAAGAAAUAAGAUUAUUUUGUCUUCAUUUUCCACUCACAGAGCGCGUAUUGAUUUGGGGGCUUUUCUCCCAGACCAUCUUCAUCAGGGUAAAGCUCGUUCUCUCUGUUAUGAGGACCAUACAUUUCCAAGAGCAAACACAUGCCUCAUUUCUUCUCUAUAUCUGUGUAGACUUGUUGCUACACAUAUUGAAUAAGAGCCUUUGGAUCUAAAGGCCAGAAUGGUUACAGAGAUUAAAACACGAAGAGAUCUUGUAUUGCAUUUUCUAUGUUUGUUUUGUAUCCUUUUUUAUUUAACUGACAGUGGAUGUUAAUGUUGUGGAGACGAGUUUCAUGCUGGAAUAAAGUGACUUUGGCUGUGGCAGA